CCAGCGCUUCUCAAAGCAAUUCAAGGGUCAAUGACUUCUCUCAUCAUAUUCUCUGAAAACUAUGCAUCCUCUACGUAGUGCUUAGAUGAACUCGCUCAUAUCAUUCAAUGUAGAGAAUUAAAGCAACAAAUGGUUUUUCCAAUUUUUUACAAAGUGGAUCCCUCCAAUGUACGGCACCAGAGAGGUAGUUUUGGAGAGGCAAUUGCUAACCAUGAAUGCAACUUCAAGAAUGAUAUGAACAAGGUGCUGAGACGGAAAGCAGCUCUUGUAGAAGCAGCAAAUUUGUCCGGGUGGCAUUUCUUACACGGAUCACCCAGUUGGAAUCGAGUCUCGUGUAAGACAUGUGGUUAAGCUUUUACGUGCUGGGGAAAAUAAUGUUUGUAUGGUAGGGAUAUGGGGAAUUGGUGGAAUAGGGAAAACAACAAUUGCUAGAGCUGUUUACAAUACAAUUGCCCAUAAAUUUGAAGGUAGCUGCUUUUUGGACAAUGUUAGAGAAGAAUCAAUGCAACAUGGAGGCCUAGUUAAACUACAAAACAUUAUUUUGUCUAAGAUUCUAGGAGGGAAAGACUUGGAGCUGUCCAAUGUUCAUGAGGGAAUGAAUGUGAUAAAGAAAAGGGUUCUCAUAAUUGUUGAUGAUGCGAACCAAGUAGACCAACUGAAGAAAUUAGUUGGAAGGUCUGAAUGGUUUGGUAACGGAAGUAGAAUAAUCAUAACAACUAGAGAUAAGCACUUGCUCACUGCUCAUCAAGUUAAUCUAAUCUACAAUGUCAAGGAAUUAGAUGAUCAUGAAGCUUUUGAUCUCUUCAGUGCGAAUGCCUUUCCAGGAGAAAGACGACUUUCGGAUGAUUAUAAGAAGCUCGCUAGUACUGUAGUGCAGUAUGCUCGAGGCCUUCCCCUAGCUCUGGUGGUUUUAGGUUCACUUCUAUGUUGUGGAAGUAUUGAGGAACGGCUAGAUGCAUUAGAUGGUUGCAAAAAAAUUCCUAAUCCAGACAUUCAAGAAGCUCUUAAAAUAAGUUAUAAUUCAUUGGAAGAUCAUGUGAAAGAAGUUUUCCUUGACAUUGCAUGUUUCUUUAAAGGUGAAGAUAAGGACCAUUUGAUACAAAUACUAGAAGGUUGCGGCCUCAACCCUAAGUAUGGUGUCAAAGUACUCAAAGAAAAGGCCCUUAUAAAUGUUAAUGAAAUCUGUCAAAAAUAUAAAUCUUAGAGGUUGCAGGAUGCUCAAUUAUUUCCCUCAGACUCUGGAAAAGAUGGAGUGCAUAACAUUCUUGGAUCUAUUGAUGAGCACAUAAUUAUUACAA